AUGGGUAUCACAAAAACAAUUAGCAAUUUAAUUAAAAAGUACGGUAGUGUGACAGUAGUAGUAUAUGUAUGGUGCAUAGGUAUAGUGUUAGGGAUGAUAAUGUUUAAUAUUCAGCCAUUAUUGGAAAUGUUGCCAUGGUUUCAAUUCACAAUUAGUUGCAAUAUGUUUAUAUUUUUUUUAGAAUUAUAUUUGGAUAUAAGACAAUCAUUCACAAUCAGAGCAUUCAAUUACCCCAAUUUCAACUACCACGAAAUUAACUAUCAUAUUCAAAAUAUUUUAGGGUUAAUUAAUUUUUCAAGAAUCGAAUCAACUAUUGGAUUUAUAAUUGAAUGUUUAGUAUUAUAUUUUGGAGUAUUAGUUAAUGUAUACAAUUUAAAUGAUACCAUUUUUUAUUAUUUUGGAUUUAACAGAAGUUAUGAAAUAACUAGAGGUAUGACAUAUUUGUUAGAGAUCAGUUUGGUCAGUUCAUUGGUUAGAUUACCCUUUGAAAUGUACAGAAUUUAUUUAGAUCAACCACCAGUCAAAGACGAUAUUGACAGUGCCUCAACUACCGCCACACCAACCACUACAACUACACCAGCAAACCCAACCCCAACUUCAUCAACCUAUAACUACAAAAAGAAAGAUUGGAUCAAACAGAUUAUUUGGGAUCAAAUCAAAAUGUUUUUAAUUUCUUUAUUAAUCGGAUUACCAAUGUUAACCAUCACACUAUCAAUGUUUUAUUGGCAAUACCCAUAUCAAUGGCUUACUAUUGUAAUUUUUGUAUCGAUAGUAGCAUUGUGUUUCUCUGAUCUCUACCCAAAUAUUGCAUAUCUAUUCAAUAAAUUUACUGUGUUGGAAGAGGGAGAGCUUAGAAACGAAAUUAUUGAAUUAUCUAGAAAAUUAGAUUUCCCACUUCACGAAAUCUAUACAAUGGAUGGUUCAAAAAGGGUAUCGCACUCCAACGCGUUCUUGAUGGGCUUCUGGACAAGUAGUUUUGUUUUAUAUGACAAUCUAGUUACAAAAUUAUCUACCGAAGAAAUUCUAGCAAUUAUUGGUCACGAAAUUGGCCAUCAUAAAUAUUUCCAUAAUAUGAAACAUUUAUUAAUUCAAUUGGUAUUUGUUGGUAAUUUUAUUUAUUUAUUUUCAAGUGUUGUAAAUUUACAAGUUUUUUAUAGAGGAUUUGGAUUUGAAAGAGUGGAUGUCAGUGUUGGUUUAGUUUUAUUUUCAUAUUUGUACAGUACAUUUGCAAAUCUACUUAGAUUUGUAACCAAUUUAAUUAGAAGAGAGUUUGAAUAUGCAGCCGAUGCAUAUGCCAUCAAGCAUGGAUUAGAAAUGAAGAAGGCAUUAGUUUCAAUGCAUGGAAAAGGUGUAUAUAUUAAACCAGACCGUUUCUUUUCUCUCUACUAUUACUCACAUCCAACCUUAAUGGAGAGAUUAGAGUCCAUAGAUUUAAUCAAAAAGAAUUUAAAUCAAGAAGAAAUUAUAAAAGAAACAAAUAAUAUAAAUAAUAAAAAAUUAGAUUAA